AUGGGUCGUGGGGCAGGGCGUGAGUACUCGCCUGCUGCCACCACUUCGGAGAAUGGGGGUGGCAAGAAGAAACAGAAAGAGAAGGAGCUCGAUGAGCUGAAGAAGGAAGUUGCCAUGGAUGACCACAAGCUGUCCUUGGAUGAGCUGGGCCGAAAAUACCAAGUGGACCUGUCCAAGGGCCUCACUAACCAGCGAGCUCAGGACAUUCUGGCUCGGGAUGGACCCAAUGCCCUCACGCCACCCCCCACAACUCCUGAGUGGGUCAAGUUCUGUCGUCAACUUUUUGGGGGUUUCUCUAUUCUUCUGUGGAUCGGGGCCCUCCUCUGCUUCCUAGCCUAUGGCAUCCUGGCCGCCAUGGAGGACGAACCAUCCAAUGAUAAUUUAUACCUAGGUAUCGUGCUAGCAGCUGUAGUCAUCGUCACUGGCUGCUUCUCCUACUACCAGGAAGCCAAGAGCUCCAAGAUCAUGGACUCCUUCAAGAACAUGGUGCCUCAGCAAGCUCUGGUCAUCCGAGAGGGAGAGAAGAUGCAGAUCAAUGCGGAGGAGGUGGUGGUAGGAGACCUGGUAGAAGUGAAGGGCGGAGACCGUGUGCCUGCUGACCUCCGGAUCAUCUCUUCCCACGGCUGCAAGGUGGAUAACUCAUCCCUAACAGGGGAGUCAGAGCCCCAGACCCGUUCCCCUGAGUUCACCCAUGAGAACCCACUGGAGACCCGAAAUAUCUGUUUCUUCUCUACCAACUGCGUGGAAGGCACUGCCAGGGGCAUUGUGAUUGCCACAGGUGACCGGACGGUGAUGGGCCGCAUAGCCACCCUCGCCUCUGGCCUCGAGGUGGGGCAGACACCCAUAGCCAUGGAAAUCGAGCACUUCAUCCAGCUGAUCACAGGAGUGGCAGUGUUCCUGGGGGUUUCUUUCUUCGUGCUGUCCCUCAUCCUGGGCUACAGCUGGCUGGAGGCCGUCAUCUUCCUCAUCGGCAUCAUCGUAGCCAACGUGCCUGAAGGGCUUUUGGCCACUGUGACUGUGUGCCUGACGCUGACAGCCAAGCGCAUGGCUCGGAAGAACUGCCUGGUGAAGAACCUGGAGGCGGUGGAGACACUGGGCUCCACAUCCACCAUCUGCUCGGACAAGACGGGCACCCUCACCCAGAACCGCAUGACGGUGGCCCACAUGUGGUUCGACAACCAGAUCCACGAGGCCGACACCACCGAGGAUCAGUCCGGGGCCACUUUUGACAAGCGGUCCCCGACGUGGACAGCCCUGUCUCGGAUUGCUGGUCUCUGCAAUCGUGCUGUCUUCAAGGCUGGGCAGGAGAACAUCUCUGUGUCUAAGCGGGACACAGCUGGUGAUGCCUCUGAGUCAGCGCUACUCAAAUGCAUUGAGUUGUCCUGUGGCUCAGUGCGGAAGAUGAGGGACAGGAACCCGAAGGUGGCAGAAAUUCCCUUCAACUCUACUAACAAAUAUCAGCUGUCCAUCCAUGAGAGAGAAGACAGCCCCCAGAGCCAUGUGCUGGUGAUGAAAGGAGCCCCAGAGCGUAUCCUGGACCGAUGCUCUACCAUCCUGGUACAGGGCAAGGAGAUCCCUCUGGACAAGGAGAUGCAAGAUGCCUUUCAAAACGCCUACAUGGAGCUGGGAGGACUCGGGGAGCGUGUGCUAGGCUUCUGUCAGCUGAACCUGCCUUCUGGAAAGUUUCCUCGGGGCUUCAAAUUUGACACAGAUGAGCUGAACUUUCCCACAGAGAAGCUCUGUUUUGUGGGGCUCAUGUCUAUGAUUGACCCACCCAGGGCAGCUGUGCCAGAUGCUGUGGGCAAGUGCCGAAGUGCGGGCAUCAAGGUGAUCAUGGUGACUGGGGACCACCCUAUCACAGCCAAGGCCAUUGCCAAAGGUGUGGGCAUUAUAUCAGAGGGUAACGAGACUGUGGAGGACAUUGCAGCCCGGCUCAACAUUCCUGUGAGUCAAGUCAAUCCCAGAGAAGCCAAAGCAUGUGUAGUGCAUGGGUCGGACCUGAAGGACAUGACGUCAGAGCAGCUGGAUGAGAUCCUCAGGGACCACACGGAGAUUGUGUUUGCCCGGACAUCCCCUCAGCAGAAGCUCAUUAUUGUGGAGGGGUGUCAGAGGCAGGGAGCCAUUGUAGCAGUGACUGGGGACGGGGUGAACGACUCCCCCGCGCUGAAGAAGGCUGACAUCGGCAUUGCCAUGGGCAUCUCUGGCUCCGAUGUCUCUAAGCAGGCCGCUGACAUGAUCCUUCUCGACGACAACUUCGCCUCCAUCGUGACAGGCGUCGAGGAGGGUCGUCUGAUCUUUGACAACUUGAAGAAGUCCAUCGCGUACACCCUGACCAGCAACAUCCCUGAGAUCACCCCCUUUCUGCUGUUCAUCAUUGCCAACAUCCCGCUGCCCCUGGGCACUGUGACCAUCCUCUGCAUUGACCUGGGCACAGAUAUGGUUCCCGCGAUCUCAUUAGCAUACGAGGCGGCUGAGAGCGACAUCAUGAAGCGGCAGCCUAGAAACUCCCAGACAGACAAGCUGGUGAACGAGAGGCUUAUCAGCAUGGCUUAUGGACAGAUUGGCAUGAUCCAGGCUCUGGGCGGCUUCUUCACCUACUUUGUGAUACUGGCAGAGAACGGGUUUCUGCCAUCACGGCUGCUGGGAAUCCGUCUUGACUGGGAUGAUCGGACGACCAAUGACCUGGAGGACAGCUAUGGGCAAGAGUGGACCUACGAGCAGCGGAAGGUGGUAGAGUUCACAUGCCACACGGCCUUCUUUGCCAGCAUCGUGGUUGUGCAGUGGGCUGACCUCAUCAUCUGCAAGACUCGUCGCAACUCAGUCUUCCAGCAGGGCAUGAAGAACAAGAUCCUGAUUUUUGGGCUCCUAGAAGAGACAGCCUUGGCUGCCUUUCUGUCUUACUGUCCGGGCAUGGGGGUGGCCCUCCGAAUGUACCCACUCAAGGUCACUUGGUGGUUCUGUGCCUUUCCCUACAGUCUCCUCAUCUUCAUCUAUGAUGAAGUCCGAAAGCUCAUCCUAAGGCGGUACCCUGGGGGCUGGGUGGAGAAGGAGACAUACUACUGAGCUCACCAGAAAAAGGAAGAAUGGGAGAAAUUGGGGUGCUCUGAGGUGUUGCUGGGGUGGUGGAGAGAAGGGCUGGAGAAAAACUGGGGUGGUACUUCGGGGGAAGAUUUGAGGGAGACAGAAUGAGGCAACCGAGUGAACUAAGUUGGCAGGCUUGAGUAAAUAAACUUGAGGUGACUGUUCCAUAGGUCCAACUGUGAACCCUCAGUCUAUGUCACAGUCCCCUCCUCA